GGCUGAACAGCGGAAAAUACUAUUCAAAAUUAUAAAAUGUAAAUAGCCGGCUACAACACAAAAAGGGAUCUGGCGUAUUAUUUUUUUACAUCCUAGUUAUGGCAGCAGGAAAUAUAGUAAAAACUUUCUUUGCCUUGAUAUUUGAUAAAGUCCACUGCAGUUCAUUAAGUGGCAAGGACAAUGGUUUCGGCAACAACUACAUAUGGGCAGGUUCACUGGAGUCAGGAUUACAAAUAGCAACACAUCAUAAUAAGCCUGUAAUGGUGAUAAUACAUAAAUCCUGGUGCUCUGCCUGCAAGAAUUUGAAGCCAAAAUUUGCCAGUUCAUCGGAAAUACAAUCGUUGAGUAAACAUUUCGUUAUGGUGAACUUGGUUGAUGAAGAGGAGCCAAAGAAUAGCAAUUAUGCUCCAGAUGGGUCUUACAUACCCAGAAUACUGUUCAUCUCACCGAAAGGUUCAGUCGAUCAUGACAUAUAUAACGAGGAGGGCAGCAGUCAACAUAAAUAUUUUUACAGCAGACCGGAACAAAUAGCUAAGUCGAUGAGAAGAGUGCUGGAAAAAUAUCAACUCGAGCAAUUUGACGAAUGAUUGUACCGAAUGAAAUAUUUUUACGAUGAAAUUGACAAUUGUCUUGGAAUGGAUUCGAUAAAGUUAAU